UGUCCGGUGCUGCGCGUGCCCGUUUUCUGUCAGUGAAGGGGGCAUCUUCCUGGCUGAGGUUACCCUGGUGAUAAUGGGGGGCAGCGAGAGCACCGGGAGGAAGGUGUCCUUCGGGCUGGAUGAGGAGGACAGGGUGCGGGUGCUGCGAGGAGUCAGGCUCUCUGAUAGUAUUGUCAGUCGGAUGAAAGACUCUUCUGUUCCAUCGAAAGACCAAAACUCAUCACGUAGCACUGGCACUUCUCCACCUCCCAGGGAAGGACCAGCCACCCGCCACCCAGAAGACAAAGCCAAAACUGAGGGUGAUGCCAAGACCCCUCCUGGAGCGGACAGACGUCAGCCUGCCGACACGGACGAUGACCUGUACAGGAGGUAUGAGACGGAGCAAGCUAUGAUCCAGGAAGAAUUAGUGCGUCUCGCCAAGAGGGAGAGAGAGGCGGCGCGUGAAAGGGUGACUUCUUCUAUCCUGCGAGAAAAAUCAUACACAGACCAGGAGCGUCGGAGAGCUGAGCAUUUGCCUGCGGAUAUGGAUGAAUGGGCCAAAGAACUGGAGCGCAAGGAGGCAGAGCUCAAACGCUUAGAUAGUUUCCAUAAGGAGCAGUUGGCCAGCAUUGAAAAGAAGAAUUUAGACAUUUACAAACUGACGGCAGAACAGUUCCACACGGCGGCCACAAAUGCAGAGUUCCGAGUCAAGAAGAGGAGUUAUGAUCCGGUGUGUAUGGAUAUCCAGACCGGCAUCCUGAAAUGUUACAAGGAAAACCAGCAGGAGCUGCUCAACUGCAGCGAUCUGGCGAAGGAGUAUCGGAACUGUGUGAGGGAAGCACAAAAGAACCUGCUGUUUAAUCAUGGAUAAUACCACAAGGCCAAGGACGAGGACCAGAGGAAAUAGAAAUAACCAUAAGACCUAUUUUCUUUUCAGGAAAUGAAAGAAGAAAUAUGUAAACGUUUGAUUGCUGAGUUAAUAUUCUCAAAGACCAAUGAAUGGCCAAUAUCAUUCUUUAUAUGAGUCUAUGAAGUCCUCGUUCUGGAUGUGGCAGCUUCAAGCCAAGGGCAAUCAUGC